AUGGCGGAAAAGGAUGCCACUGCGAGGCUGCGGCGAGCUGUCAAAGAGAACAACCUCUUUCUGGUCAAACGCCUGAUUAAGAGGACCGACAUGCGAAAUUCGGACCCAUCCAAUAAACGUUACACCUCUUUGGCUUGGGCUGCGGUGCUCGGUCACGAGGAGACGUUCGAGUUCUUGCUGAGUAGCGGUCACGACGAUCAUGAAUAUAGCAAGGACUCGGAUAAUAACACCAUCCUGAUACUUCUCGCCGACGUGAGACCUCCCUAUGCAACUGCGUACGGGGCGGGGCCUAGUGAUCCUGACUUCCUCAGCGCUACACUACGGAUGGCACGGUUGUACUAUGACCGAUACCCGGACAUCCUGGAUUGGGCAAAUAUCGAAGGCAAGACUGCUCUUCACGUGGCUGCGUUGAAGGGGAAUGAGGACCUAGUUCGGAUGCUAUGUGAUUUGGGGGCAGAUUAUGAUUUGGCUGAUAACGAUGGAAACACGCCACUCCAUUAUGCCAGUGCCUGGGGUCACAUACAGAUCGUCCAACUGCUUAUUGAACGAGGUUGUCAAUAUUCCACCCGGAACAACGAGGGUUUCACUCCGUCGGAUUAUGCAUAUUCAAUUAGCACAAGAGAUACGUUGCAAGAUGCCGCUCGAACGCAGUUCGAACUAAACAAGAAGGCAAGGCGGAACGUUUUCGCGCAAGCUGCGGCGAGGGGGACCGAGUGGGGUGCCGCGUCAGGUCAGAUGCACCCUCCUACACUGAGGGAGUAUGAAUAUUCGAAUGGGUCCGUUCGAAUGCGUAGCGGGUCAGGAACGAGCCGCACUACCGCAACCUCGGAGAGUGACUUGAAUGACAGCCAGGUCCUCGGCCAGUCCCCGCAAAGCAAUCCGUCUCUGGGAUCUUCGCUAUCACCCUCACGGUUCCCCAUUGCCUUGCCAUCCGGCGCGCACUUCCCCGCACAGGCAUCCGGUAGCUCGUCCAGCACCUUCUCCGGCACUGUGCCUCCCCCGUCGAAACUGCACUCCGCUUCGCCUCUCGCGCUAAACCCGAACCCAGCUUCAGUAUUGUCGCCGAUUGCGACGCGCAUGCGGGAACGGGAUGCGGACGCGAUGGAGAAGUACAAGAUGCGCCAGCGUAGUGGAAGUGCAACCACUGCUUCUACAGACACGCAUUCACAGAAUGGAUCGGCCCAGUCUGUCACAGCACCUGGUCCGUCCGUGGAUGACCUCAAGCCGCUGAGCACGCUGAUCGCAGUCGGAUCAGUCGCACCCCGGCGUCGACUACGACCUUCCGCCUCUGCAGCGCAGCUCCAUAGCCCGCAACCUCCCUCCGCAUCUCUGAAUACCGCUUCGCCACAUCAGGAAAACGUACGAAAUCGGUCGGGUACCAGCCCGGCAAAAUUGACCCCUCCCCCGCUGACGCCUUCUCCUACAUCGGAGGCGUUGGCGCUUCCGACGCCCACUCAAUCCUCCUCCCGACCAUCAUCAUUUCGCCCUGGACAGUCGGAUGGGCUUCCGAAAAAGUCGUACACCGGUCCACCGAGCGAGUAUGCCAAGUUUCCGCCUCCGCCACUGGAAGAACAUCCAGAGCGGUCGGCGACGCCUACCAUUCCGUCACACUUACGUCGAUUGCCAUUCAACUUGCUGUCGUCACACAAGAAUAGUCUUGAUUCACAUAUCGCCGCUGGCGGCCACCGGAGAAACGCUUCUGCGAAUACGGCGGUACGAUAG